UUUUUUUAGAAUUUACAAUAAUUUACUUCUUUUCUCUUCUUCAAUGUUACAACAACCUCCACAUCGUUCCCAAUCUUUUCGUCACAGACCUAGACCGAAUACUUUAAUUAAAGGGAGAGGAGGAGAUUUUUGUGGAUUAACAACAGCAAAUUUAAAUAAUUGGCAAAAUAUUGUUGACACAGCUGAAAUUGAAGCAACAAAUGAUUCCACCCCUGAACGUCGACGUUCUACCCCCACAAUUCAUCGGCGAGCGUCCUUACGUGGAGGAUCUCGUUUUGAUACAAGAUUGGAUACUUGGCCUGAACCUAAACAGAUGAGCGAAGCUGAGGAACGUUUUCUUCGUUUACCUGAUUCUGCUGAUUAUACACGUGUUAGACAAUUUAAUAUUGAUGCUAAAGGUGCUGUUAUAAGUAGAGGAGAUUCUUUUAGAAGAAAAAGAAAUAAUUUAAUAAAUAAUGAUAAUUUAAAUGGAAAUGAUAAAAAAAUAAAUGAAAAAAAUGAAGAACAACAAAAUAUGGCUAAUGAAAGAAGUUCUACACGAACAUCGAGUAGUAGUGCUUCUGGUGUAAAUUCAACAAAUAGAAUGGAAUCACCAGAACAAAAUAUUGGAAAUUAUUUUGCUGAAGGAAAUGAAGAAAAUAAUAUUUUAUCAAAUUAUAAAAUUUGUGUUUUGGGAGAAAUUAGUGUCGGUAAAAGUUCUUUAAUAGCCCAAUUUAUUUCGAGUUCUGCUUUUUCUGAUUUGGAAGAUUAUUCUGGACAGGAUUCUCGUCCAGAAGGUUUUGUUUCUGUUAAUAUUGGUGGACAUGAAUGUGAAUUGAAAUUUUUAGAAAUUGAUUUACAACAAAAUGAGAUACUUAAUGAUUCUUCUUCUUCUCCCUUUCUUUCUAACAGAGAUUAUCAUUUAUUUUUAAUUGUUUAUUCAAUUGAUAGAAAAACAAGCUUUAAAAUUGCCUUAAAAGCAAUUGAACAAUUACGAUUUAAUGGAUGUUAUUCACCAAUUAUUUUAGUUGGAAAUAAAGCUGAUUUGGAAAGAAAAAGGGCCGUAAUGGAAAAUGAUGUUAAAAAUGCUAUGUACACCUUUGAUGUUGCCCACUUUGAAAUUUCUGUUGCAUUAAAUCACGAUGUUGACGAUUUACUUGUCGGAAUUGUUGCUCAAAUAAAAGAUUCAUUUAAAAUGAAUAUUUUAACAGAAAAUGAAAAUUCGGUUUUAAAUUUAAUUUUUAAUUUCAAAAAAAUAUUUUUUUAA